AUGAUCAGCACUCAAUUGUUUAUUUUCUUGAAGCCGGAUUUCACAAAGAGGUUCCUUGGGAAGAAGGGUGCGAAUGAGUUUAAGAUCCCAGAAAUCAUCUUUGAUCUGACUCUGGUCCUCAGUCCGCAUGUAUGCUUGCUGAGUAUGCUCUUUCAUAUCAAAGGCUUCAAGAAGAUCUCUACAACUGGGCCAGUACUGGAUUCCCCAGAGAAACUUUACAUCCUUGGGGUACUGGACGGCAAGGGACAGCAGGAACUAAAACAAAAGGAUGAAAUACUAGAUAAAUUUGUGUUCUGCCAGGUGGAGUGGGAAGCUGCUGGAUAUUAA